AGGAAAAGGAACAUGUUGCUCAUUGCUAGCCUGUGCCGGAGCCGCAGAGCGGACGUGUGGAUGCGUUCGUUUAGUUCUGUAGGCUGUGAAGUGUCCUGUAGGGCGCCCAGCCAGUUAACUCCAUGUUGUAAGGGGCUGAGUAAGGCAAAUCGCAUCUGGUAUUAAAAAAAAAAACAAAAAAAAACUUAUUGGAAUAGCGAGCGCCUGCUUUUCUGGUUGUUUGCUAAAGUGAUGUCACGAGGUUGCCCUCCAGCACAUUCCCACUUUUAGCUGGGAGACUUUUCAUUCAUAAGUUUCCAGCCCUAAAUUCCCACCCUCCACCUCCACUACAAGGUUUUGCAGCAAUACUCGUGUUCAUCCCAUACCAGUAUACGCACUGUGGCUUUACACUACCUAUUCUCCAGCCUUUCUGGAGGCCUUAUGUUUUGCUGGUUGUUUUGAGCCCUGGACUAUCUGUAUGGAUUAUAACAAGUAAACCCAGGUAACAGUCUGAUGAGGCUGAGGCUUCUGCAUAGUAUAAUGCUAAAUGUUGCCUAAAGACCCGCUGUGUGAUAAGCAGAAAUGAACUCUCAUCAUCGACGUGUAAGACUAAAGCCAUGGCUGGUAGCACAAGUGGACAGUGGUCACUAUCCAGGACUGCACUGGGAGGAUCAAGAUCGCAAGGUAUUUCGUAUUCCAUGGCGUCAUGCAACCCGGCACAUACCCGUUCAAGAUGAUGAAAACACUGUAUUUAAGGCCUGGGCAAAGGAAACUGGGAAGUACCAGGAAGGAGUUGACGAGCCUGACCCAGCUAAGUGGAAGGCAAAUCUACGAUGUGCCUUAAACAAGAGCAGAGAAUUUAAUCUACUGUAUGAUGGCACCAAGGAGACCCCAGUGCAGCCAUUUAAGAUCUACCAGUUAUGUGACCUGCCAGGACAGAAUGAAGAGCCCGUUGGUGAUGACAUUGGUGGUGAUGAUGAUGAGGAGCAGAUUGGUGCUAGGUUCCCAAUGCUCCAUAUCAGUGAUUCCUUGUGCCCUCCCGUUACGGACUCUUUACCUCCAUUCAUUUGGCCCAAGGCUGAACCUGACUUUCACAGCUCAUGCGCAAACCACAACUUUCCUGGCCCGCGGGACAUCAUUCAGCACAAUCUGACAGCCCAAACCACUGCCGUAACCCCUGUUCCCACAGGAGCAUACUCUGAAGUUGAUAUGUCACCCCAGAGUUUGGUAUCACAAACCCUUCCAGAGCUAGUACCGGGAAGUGGUUUGGAACCAUCAUCAGAUGUGGAACUAUCCGUUCAAGGGAGGAUUCCACCGUCUAUUGAUCAGGGAAUCCCAGACCUCCUUAUCAGUCCUCAGAUGUUACCCUUGACUGAUCUAGAAAUCAAGUUUUUAUACAGAGGAAAGCAGGCUGGAGCAAUGACUGUUAGUAAUCCCCAUGGUUGCCGCCUCUUCUACAGUAAUUUGGAGCCUACACCUGAACAAGUGGAGUUAUUUGGGCCCACCACACUGGAGCAAGUUCGCUUCCCUGGAACAGAAGGGAUCAGCAACGAAAAACAAAAAUUCUACACUAACCAUCUGCUGGAUGUGAUGGACCGGGGACUUAUCCUGUGCCUGCAGGGUCAGGAUAUCUAUGCCAUCCGUCUCUGCCAGUGCAAGGUCUUUUGGUCUGGACCCUGUGCUAGUAACCGUGAUGGACCCAACCCCAUCGAGAGAGAAAAAAGGAUUAAACUCUUCAGUCUGGAGACCUUCCUUAAUGAGCUCAUUGCUUGCCAGAAGGGCCAUACCAGCUCACUGCCUCCGUUUGAGAUCUUUUUCUGCUUUGGGGAGGAAUGGCCUGACCAGAAACCUAAGGAGAAGAAGCUAAUUACUGUGCAGGUUAUUCCAGUAGCAGCCCGGUUACUAUCUGAGAUCUUCACAGGGGAGUCUUCAUGGUCAGCUGACAGUAUCAGACUUCAGAUUUCCCAUCCAGACCUCAAAGACAAGAUGGUGGAGCAGUUUAAGGAACUACACCAGCUGUGGCAGAGUCAACAGGCCCAAGCUGUUCCCCAAGUAGAUGUAAUACCCAACCCUGAGUGUGACGUUGGCACUGGUCCUUGGCCAAUGCAUACAGGAAACAUGGAGUAGCUACACUUGCUGUCUUUUCAGCGGAGCCUGUUUGGUUGUGUCUCGUUGAACAGUUCUGGUAAAAGAUGGGUUGCUGUGGCAAUGUCUGUUACAAAACAUAAUUAACCUUCAAUAGUCAGGCAGAGACUGCACUUUGGACACUGUUUAAUAUGCUUGGGUACAGUGAAUUGACCAUGUCAUUUUUCUUUUAUAAUGUAUGUAAACCUGUUUGUAUAAUUACCACUGUCCAAGAAAGGCUUCCAGGAUCCUAAAAAAAAUUCCUCUGACUCCCAGCAAUUAAAGACAAUUUUAUAUAUAAGCAGUUAGUACUUCUUGUUUCUAAUCAUACCAGUGUAAUUGCUGUGUUGUAAAAUAACAUUAUAAGGAGUAUACAACAUGAUAUCUCUAAGGAUAUUUUAUUAAUAAAGUAGACCUUUUCACCUAGCAA